GACAUGCAUAUAAACAAACGUGGGGUAGUGGAAAAUGGCCGAACAAUAUUUUAGUUAGAGGACUGUGUGGAAUAACGUAGAGGCCCUUAGGUGCUAUACACCGGGCUUUUCCCUUGGGUGAUUCAGUCACGGAACACGGUCUGAGUUUCUCCUCGGCACCCCUAAAGUGCAGCCAUGGUGGACUACCUUUCGCGGUACCGGAUGUAUGGUCUGGGGUACAACCACACGUUACCCCGCCACCCCAUUCCGUCGUACAGAGACAUCUACAGGGAGAAUGCACCUUUACUAUUCAGACCAAGAAACCCUUUAAGUCAUGACUGCCGCGAAGAGGUGAUGAAGGAGCACACCGACCCUGGUCUAUGGGAGGCUCACAUUCUGGCGAAGGGCCUCAACAAGACGUACGAGUCAUUAGCGGAUCUUCAUCACAAGGAUAGGGACCCUCCGGCCGAAAAAUCAGGACCAGACAAACUGCUCUACACCGUUGGCUCUAGAGGACGAGCUGCCGGGAACUUUAGCUACCCUCGGGGACUAGCCAUUAACUCUAACGGAGACAUCUACAUCGCUGAUACGCAGAAUCACCGUGUUCAGAUAUUUAACACAUGCGGUGUCCUCAAAAGCCACUUCGGCGGUAGAGGGCGUGGAAAAGGACAGUUGGUGGACCCGAGUGGAGUUGGCAUCAUGCCAAAUGAUGAUGUCGUCGUAGCGGAAAAGGGGAACAGGCGUUUACAAGUCGUGACGUCUUCGGGUAAACACAAAUAUUUCGUCGAACUAGAAUGUCAGCCGUUCUGCGUCGCCUGCGAUUCUUUUUAUAACAUCGCAGUGUCCACGUACUCCGGGGAAGUAGAACUAUAUCGUCGCGGAGGGAAGUUAGUAAAUCGGUUCCGAGUGACACCCCAAAAUGAGGACGACCCUGAUAGAAAAAUGGCGAUGAAUAUUGCCGUGAACAGUAAGGGAGAAAUCAUAGUCUCCGAUUCGAAUGAAAACUUGAUCAAGUUUUUCAACCACAAAGGUGACUUACUGUACAAGUUUAAACCCGUUUCGACCCAGGAGGGGCUUGGGGUUGGAAAUACUGGUAUUUGUGUCACCCCUCUCGAUCAAAUUGUCGUGGCAGACGGACUAAACCAUUUGGUCAAUGUUUACACCGAAAGAGGUGUACUAUUGCAGCAAAUGUAUUCACCAAUCGAUGACGUCGGUGCAAUCCAGACAUGCGCACUCGGGCCUGAGGGACACUUUGUGGUAACUGAGUUUACGGCAAAUGGACGCCAUUGUUUGAAAAUCUUCCGUUACAGGGAGUGCGACUGUCAUAAGAACAGACCCCCUUCAGCGAAACGUAUUUCACGAUCGAGUACCCCAGCAAGAGGAAGUUCACGAGGGAGUACUCCUUCAAGUGUUGUGUCAAGAUAGAACAGGCUGUGAAAGUGAUGGAACCGACAUCGGGUCGCUAAAAUGGUUGGGACGAAAGCGUCAAAAUCAUGAUUGACUUUGAGGCGCCAAAAUGAUUGUAGUAAGGCGUAGCGUUCAAUUAAACCGGUAAAGUGUCAAACCGUUGUUUUUCCUUGCCAAAGAUAACAGAGUAUGCAUAUACUAUUUAUAUAUAUUGUUACAAUAGUGUUAUUUUUUAGCUGCUGUUUUGCAAUAAAUGAA